AUGCCCCGUCACUUUUACGACGACAAGGAACCGACAGUGGCCUCUUCAGAAGGUCCUUUGGUUCCAGAUCUCGUUAUUCCCACAGAUGUUUCGACCACAACUCUGUCGACGGGAAAUCAAAUUUACGACUCCAAGACUUUGAAUAUUUGGUUCAAUGACGUGAGAAGCAGUUUGAUCAACAGAUAUCAAGUUUACAAGACCGAAUGGGAGACUCAAAAGAGUGCCGCUUCGAACGAAUGGAACAGCGUCAAAGAUUACACUUCAGAUAAUAUAUUAACAGACUCUUACGAAAACCAAGAACUCUUAGUCCCAGCAAGUGCUCUAGCUCUAGGAGCGUUUUUCAGUGGGCGCGUUCUCAGCAACCGCAACAAUUGGGGGUUUGUGUCUCCUUUCAAUAAUCAGACUGGAGUCUUAGCUCGCAACCCAACCCUAGCAGCUAAAUUAUUGACCAGUAUUCCUAGCAGAAUUGUGCUUCCCUGGGUCUUGGCUGGCACAGUGUUCUCGCAACUAGUACCUGUUACAUGGUCUAAUGGUUUGCAGGCUCUUGAGAAGGAUAUCUUUCCUGCUAGUAUGGUAUCCCAGUACCAUGAGGUAUGGGACAAACUCCACACGAACGGGCUUGGUAAGAAGUGGAAAGAGCUCAAUGAGUAUAUGGACGACAGCUUGCAACGUAACAUAGGUCAUUGCAGAACAUUCCUGGUGAAAAAACUUGGAAUCUGA